AUUCGCAGGAAUGGUCUGCAUCAGUUCUGUUCAAAACUUCGUGUGGACCGUCCAGUAUCGGUUGAACCAAGCAAUCGAGGGCAGCUACAAGUGCUUCUUUCUCAACUCAUAUUGAAUAUCUCUUGGACCUCGGCACAAAUUUAGCGCCGCGACGACCAAAGAGACUUUUGAUAGAAUAAUCUUAUACUUUCAGAACCACGUUGCCAGAUCAUCUUUUCCAGCGCGGCCAUGUCACGAGUAGCAGUUAUAGGCGCUGGCGCUCUUGGGCUCAUGGCUCUGAAGAACUUCCAAGAAGACGGCUUCGACGUGACAGGCUUCGAGGCUCGCCCUUACAUAGGCGGACUGUGGAAAGAAUCGGACGAUGACAGCCUUUCAGUCCAUUCGACGACCAUUUUUAAUACCAGCAAGUUCCGGACCGCCAUUUCAGACUAUCCGUUCUCUGAAGAGGCCGACGUCUAUCCCACGGCGGCGCAGCUGCACAAAUAUCUGAACGACUACGCAGAUCAUUUUGACAUCCGCCGGAGGGUCAAAUUAAGCUGCCGUGUGAGCAACAUCAUCCGUACAAACGACAAAUGGGAAAUAACGGUGAAAGACCUUAAAAACGGGGAUGAAACCAGAGAGUACUUUGAUCGCAUCUGCAUUGCGACGGGAAGUUUUUGCAGCCCUCGGUGGCCCAAACUGAAAGGUCUAGAAAAGUUUGGCGGACAGGUGCUCCACAGUAUCAAUUUUCACGGGUCUGAACCGUUCGAGGGACAUAAUGUCUUGAUCCUUGGUAUACAUGCGACAGCGCAAGAUGUGACCCACGCGCUAUCUGGGUCCGCAAAGCAGGUGUACCUGAGCCACCGUCAAGGCUUGCUUCUCGUCCCACGAUAUACUGGUUCAGGUGUACCAAGUGAUGCCGCGAUGAAACUUCCUGUCGUCAUGCUUCAAAGCUUCAUGGAUAGUAACUGCCCAUCGCUUUGGUAUUGGCUUGUUGACAAAGUAGCUGGCUAUAUUUCGGACAAGAAUUUUGGGGAUAUCCCAGAAAGCUGGGGCCUGAAACCUCGUCCGUCAAUGGCAGUCGCUACACCGUUGAUGGCCGACACCGUUUGGCCAUACCUUAAGUCCGGAUUCGCAGAGCCCGUAGCUGCAGUGCAGGAGAUCACUGGCCCGAGGACCGUGGUGUUAACGAAUGGGCGAGUUCUUGAAGAUAUCGACACAAUCUUGUAUUGUACCGGCUACGACCAUUGCCUACCAAGCGACCUGAUUCCUAGGCCUGGAAAUUCCGCAGAUAGGACCCCAUACGAGCCGUACCCCGAAGGCCCAGGCAAGAAUCCGCAUUUGUACAAGAAUAUCUUCCCGCUCAGCCCGGACUCCGAAGUACAAACAUCCCUCGCCUUUAUUGGUCAAGGCGCUACCUUCUUUCCGGGCUUCUUGCAAUUCGAGCUCCAAGUCAUGGCUGUGUCUCAAGUCUGGCGCGGUCGCAGCACACUUCCUCCAUACCACGAAAUGAUAAACUGGCAUAAGAAACAUACUGCCCAUCGCCUGGCGCUAGCGAAGAAGCACAGGCUGCCUGACGACGGAACCACGUUUUAUUCGGGCACAAUCCCUUUUGGAGACUUGUUCCCGUGGCUCAACGAGAUGGCGGGAACAGGCAUUUUUGAAACAUUCGGUGGCAAGUGCAACGGUCUGUUCAACAUAGCUUCCUGGAAAUUUUGGUGGGAGGAUCGCGAACUGUAUGAUCUGUGCACAAAAAGGUUGCUGAGCCCGGCCGUCUUUAGAGUUGUGGCGACGAGCGGGCGCAAGGCACUGGACAGAAGCGAGGUGAUGAGAAUACUGACGAGCGACAAUGCGAUAUUAGAUCGGGCUGUCAAGGCAAAGCGGGAGGAUACGAAUAAGGAUGGAAAGGCUAAAAUGACUUAACUAGCGGCCAGAUAUUUGUACACGUUUAAAGCAAAAUCCCGCGACCGGAAAUAAUCUGUGAAAUUGCACUUCGUCUCUUUCAUUAGGGAUAUAUAAGUUAGACCGGGACGCUGAUCGCGCAUCAUUGAAUCAAUUGGG